AUGGCUGCCGCUCAGCAGGACCACCUUGACACUGGUGGUAGAGUCGCCUGGUUAGCUUCGCUCGACACAGCUUACAGCCCCGAGCACAACUAUCGCCGCUCCUCCAUCAUCUGCACUAUCGGACCUAAAACAAACUCCGUUGAAGCCAUCAAUAAGCUCCGCGAUUCUGGCCUGAAUGUUGUUCGCAUGAACUUUUCCCACGGCUCAUACGAUUAUCACCAGUCUGUCAUUGACAACACCAGAGCUGCUGUUGCUUGUCACGCUGGCCGCCCCGUUGCCAUUGCCCUUGACACCAAGGGCCCAGAGAUUCGUACCGGCAAUACAAAGAACGAUGAAGAUAUCCCAAUCUCUGUUGGUACUGUGAUGAACUUCACUACCGAUGAAAGCUACGCCACAAGCUGCGACACCCAGAACAUGUAUGUUGACUACAAGAACAUCACUAAGGUCAUUACACCCGGCCGAGUCAUUUACGUUGACGACGGCGUUUUGGCCUUCGACGUUUUGAGCAUCAAAGACGACAAGACCGUCGAAGUCCGCGCCAGAAACAAUGGAUUCAUUUCAUCUAGAAAGGGUGUGAACCUUCCCAACACUGAUGUUGAUCUUCCCGCUUUGUCUGAGAAAGACAAAGCAGAUCUGAAGUUUGGCGUCAAGAAUGGUGUAGACAUGGUAUUUGCCUCGUUCAUUCGCCGGGCCCAAGAUAUCAAGGAUAUCCGCGAAGUACUGGGUGAGGAGGGAAAGCAAAUCCAAAUCAUCGCCAAGAUUGAGAACCGCCAGGGCUUAAACAACUUCAGAGAGAUCCUCGAAGAGACUGAUGGUGUUAUGGUUGCCCGAGGCGAUCUCGGCAUCGAGAUACCGGCAGCGGAAGUCUUUGCUGCACAGAAGAAGCUCAUUGCUAUGUGCAAUAUUGCAGGGAAACCUGUCAUUUGCGCCACCCAGAUGCUGGAAUCCAUGAUUAAGAAUCCCCGUCCCACUCGCGCCGAGAUCAGCGAUGUUGGCAAUGCCAUCACCGAUGGAGCAGACUGCGUCAUGCUGUCUGGUGAAACAGCAAAGGGAAGUUAUCCAUGCGAAGCUGUUCGCGAAAUGCACGAGGCUUGUCUGAAAGCCGAAAAUUCCAUCCCAUACGUGUCACACUUUGAGGAGAUGUGUACUCUUGUCCAGCGCCCUGUCAAAAUUGUUGAAUCAUGCGCUAUGGCUGCCGUCCGUGCCUCCCUUGAUUUGGCCGCUGGCGGUAUCAUCGUGCUGUCCACCUCUGGCGAGUCUGCCAGACUUCUAUCCAAGUAUAGACCUGUCUGCCCUAUUUUCAUGGUCACUCGAAACGCCACGACCUCGCGCUUCAGUCACUUGUACCGUGGAGUCUAUCCAUUCCUCUUCCCCGAGGCCAAGCCCGAUUUUGAUAAGGUGAACUGGCAGGAGGACGUCGACAAGCGUAUCAAGUGGGCUGUCAACCAUGCCCUGGAGCUGAAUGUUUUGACCCCAGGUGACACUGUUGUUGUCGUGCAAGGCUGGAAGGGAGGCAUGGGAAAUACAAACACAUUACGAAUCGUCCGGGCUGAUCCAGAGCAUCUGGGGAUUGGCCAGGCCUAG